AUGACCUCCUCGCCAGUGUCCCGGAUGAACAUGCUUUGCCUUGAUAGUCCUGAUCACGUGACACUGGGUCUUCUGGGUAUUCACGAAGAUGCUGGUGAAUUGCCUCGUAACCUCACUUUCGACGACGAUGAUGACUCACGUGACAGCGGUUUCGAAUCUCACGGGAGUGAUACUGAGGGAUCUCCACUCAACUGUUUUCUGUCGAGUAGAACAAUCACCGACUUCAGUUCAGUCAGAAAAUCUUUAUUCUCAUCAAAACGACCACAUGAUGAGGAUGAAAGUCCUGUGACAAAAAGAUCCAGAUUGGAUGAAGUCACGGAGCAUCAGGGAGAGCUAUGUAUUUCUGAAUCCCCCGAAUCCAUGAAAUCAGCAGUGGAUAAGAUGGAGGCGGAAAUCAACCUGAUUGGCGAUGGCUCAGAGUGCCACAGACUCCCGACCAUCACAGGCCGACACAAGGAUCUCAAGUCAGUGUCUCCACGCACAGCCAGUCACCUUCUGACAGGCAAAUACAAUGACGUCAUUUCCGGGUACCAGAUCAUCGACUGUCGAUACCCGUAUGAAUAUGAGGGUGGUCAUAUUGAGGGUGCCAUAAAUCUCCACAACGAGGCUCAAAUCAAGGAGUUAGUCACCAGCCUACGGGGGAGGGAGUCGAAUCAGCGGAACAUCCUCGUCUUCCACUGUGAAUUCUCGUCAGAGAGAGCACCCAAACUAUUACGCCAUUUGCGGAGUUUAGACCGGAAGUUGAACAGUGACCGCUACCCGUUCCUCUUCUACCCGGAAGUGUAUCUGCUGGAUGGCGGUUACAAGGCCUUCUAUGAACAACAUCAGCGCCAGUGUCAACCAAACACUUACAUUCCCAUGCUACACCCAGACUACGCCAGCCAACUACGUCACUUCCGGUCCAAGUCCAAGUCGAACAAGACCACAAAAAACAGAUACUUGCGGAGUCAAUGUUUAGAAAUUGAUGUUUCACCACUUAAAUUUUCACUCUUGUAA